AUUCUUCCGUCUUCCCUCUUUCUCCCGUGUCGUUGGGAUAGGCGGUGACUCUGUCUUCGUCCCUUCUCUCCCACUCAAAGAACAAGCAUUAAAAAUUUGAAACGAAAACAGAACUCAGAAGGAGAAAGAAAUGUUGCUUUCUUCCCUCUCUUAGCUCUGUAAAUACCUCCAUCACUCUCCCCCUUUCUCUCCGAUUCUAGGGGUUCCUUUUCCCUACAUUGAUGGAUAGAUUGAUAGACUUAGUUCCGGGCGAUAGGUUUUAGGGUUCGUGCCGGCCUAGGGUUUCCGCGGUGGAGGGAUUGGAGAUGCCGGAUUUCCGGCAGAAGCAGGAGGACGCCGAUCGGGAGUUCCGGCAGGGGCUGGAGGAGCUGGUCCGAGGCCACGUCGACCGCUGCAUGACCGGCCUCGCCUCCUGCAGCUCCGCCGCUGGUGACGACGACGACCUCUCCGCCGGCGGCGGCGGCGGCGGCGGCGGAGGAGGAGACGCCCCCGACCUCCUUGCCCGACGCCGCCGGCGGUCGGACCUUGAGGAAGACGACCUCGCGGAGUCUUCCGCCGCUGCUCGACGUCACUCUCGGAUCCUCAGCCGGUGGGUCGCCCGCCAAGCUGAAGAGAUGAUCACCACCAUCGAGCGCCGAAACCGGGAGAACGAGCUCAUGGCCCUCGCCGGGCUACACACUGUGUCCAUGCUUGAUUCGUCGUUCCUCCGCGAGUCGUGGCGGGCUCAGUCUUCGGUCGAGCGCCCCGUGGCUGCCCGGGCCUCCUCCAUGCUCCAGCGGUGGCGCGAGCUCGAGUACGCCACCGCGAGGGACCGGAGGAGCCCUACCGUGUCCGGCAACCAUCGCCAGAGUGCAGCGGAGAGCCGGGGGACCUCCGAGGAUGCCAGCGAGAGUGAUGACAAUGAGUACCGCCGGUGGGCUCAUGACCCAUUGGGUCCGGUCGGCAGGAGAAGGGCUGUGGAUUUGGUCGAUGAGGACAGCGGCCGGGGGGCGAGCAGGGAGCAGUCCCCUGAUGUCGGGGACGGCGAGAGGGAGAGGGUGAGGCAGAUUGUUCGUGGAUGGAUGACGGAGAAUGGGAUAGCGGAUGCAGCGUCGGGGAUGUCGCCGAGGAAUGAGAGCCCGAGGGCCGAGUGGCUCGGCGAGACGGAGCGCGAGAGGGUAAGGCUGGUGAGGGAGUGGGUGCAGAUGGCGAGCCAACAGAGGGAUGCCCGGGCUAGCAGGAGGGAGGAGCGGGAUCGGGACGUGUCGGUGACGGAUCACGAGGAGGGGCAGCCGGAGCACAUCCGGAGGGACUUGCUGAGGCUACGUGGAAGGCAGGCUCGGCUCGAUCUGAUUAUGAGAAUUGGAAGGGAAAGGCAGAGGGAGCUCCAGGGCUUGUCGGAGCAUCGUGCCGUUUCAGACUUUGCUCACCGGAAUCGCAUUCAGUCAUUACUUCGAGGUAGAUUCUUAAGAAAUGGAGGAUCAACCGAGGAAGAGAGAUCACCAUCGGUUGCAGCAAGAGAAUUGGGUCAGCUAAGACAAUGCCAUCCUGUCUCUGGCUUGAGCGAAGGAUUUCUCUACAGACUUGAAAAUAUUGUGCGUGGUCAAGCUAGCAGUCAUUCCGAUGCUUCGGCUAGUCAUCAUAUCAAUGAGUCUAGGAAUGAUCAACCUCGCAGUCAUAACAUAAGUGGCUCUAGAAAUGAUCAAUAUCAACCAAGUACUGCAGCAGAGGAGUCAAAUGUUAACCGUGACUCAUCUCAAAUUAGUAAUGAGAAUUCUGAGAUACAUGAAACAACAGAGACACGUGCAACCACUGAAAUCGAAAACCAUACACCAAAUGAUAAUAUAGAUUGGCAAGAAUCUGUUACUGGAGAGGUGGCUUGGCAGGAAGAUGCAGAACAUGGGGAAAGGGACUGGCAACAGCCUAUUGAAGUUGGCUAUAGUCAAUUGCAUGAGCGAACCGGAGAAGAAUCUGAUGGGAACUCGGGGGAGAAUAUGGAACAGGAAUGGUCUCGAGAAACACCUGAAGAUGGAGAAGAUAUUAAUCUCCAAGAAGCAAAUGAGGAGUGGCAUGAGGAUGAUUAUCAAGAAAAUGUUGCAGACUGGCAGGAUGGACAUUUAGAUCCUCCAAGAGGUCAGCGAUCCAUUCCUAUUGGAAGAGUUGAUGGAUUUAUUCCACCUGAUGAUGACAACAUCUACAGCAUGGAGCUCAGGGAACUCUUGAGCAGGAGAAGUGUCUCUAAUCUUCUUCGAAGUGAGUUCCGUGAAAGUUUAGACCAAUUGAUACAGUCCUAUAUUCAGCGGCAAGGGCGUGCUCCCCUUGAUUGGGAUUUGCAAGGAACUAUCCCUGCUCCUUCUUCACUGGAGGAAGUUCAGGGCCAUCAGAGAGAUGAUCCAAGUCAGGACCAGCAGGAAGCCAUACUCAGGCCUCCACUUGUGCUGCCACCUCCACCGAUACCACCUCCACAACCACUAUGGCACUCAGAAUUGCAUCAUAAUAAUUGGGCUCGACAGAACAUGCAUCAUUCAGACAUAGAAUGGGAUAUGAUUAAUGAUUUAAGGGCUGAUAUGGUGAGGCUUCAGCAAGGGAUGAGUCAUAUGCAGCGCAUGUUGGAGGCAUGCAUGGAUAUGCAAUUAGAGUUGCAGCGCUCUGUUAGACAGGAAGUUUCAGCCGCUUUGAAUCACACUGCAGGAGAAGGGGUUGAUGGACAAUCAUCAGAGGAUGGAACCAGAUGGGGUCAUGUGCAGAAAGGGACUUGCUGUGUGUGCUGUGAUAGUCAUAUUGAUUCCCUUUUGUACAGAUGUGGGCACAUGUGUACUUGUUCUAAUUGUGCUAAUGAGUUGGUUCUAAGCGGAGGGAAGUGUCCGUUGUGCCGUGCACCCAUUGUUGAGGUGAUCAGAGCCUAUUCACUAGUAUAAAAUAAACAAUAGGUAAAAUGGAAGGAGAACAACAAAUGUUGCAAGGGGCUUGAGUUUUGGUAGGAAAAAUUGCCUCUCAGGAUUGUCCUGGUUUUUUUUAUUAUUGUCCAUUGCUUCUUUGCCUUUUGUGCUCUGAUUAUUUUUGAUAUGUGGAAAUGUUGAGUGGACUCAGAAAUGGCAUCUUUUGGUCAUCAUUGUUAUCUCAAUAAAAGAAAUUUGACGGAAUUCCUUUGA